UGUCCUGUAACAUGCGUCACUCCACCUUACACAAACACCACAUGCCCAUAAUACGUAUGAGUCAUGAACACCUUAUCUUCAUAAAAUUUAUCUUACUAAACUCGAGCGAAAUAAUAUAAACAUUGUCGUUCUAACAGAAGCUAGAAUCUAUCCACAAGAGAUAAGCGACAUUUGAACAUAAACAAAAUCAUGACUCAAACGAACAUUGAGCGAUAUCGAGUUACAAAAGAUGCAACUUUGCAAACUCAGCAAUUUGCGCCCUUUGUUCAACUCAACUAUAAAUAAGGUAGAAUUGAUCUAAGUUUUUAGUCUUAGGCAAAAAUUCAUCGAGAAAAUAAAGCUUACUACUCCGAGCAACCGCCGUGUUUUUUAUUUUGAUUAACAUACGGUACAAGCUCGUAACUGGCGCAGUCGGUUUCGGUCGUCACUUAGUUAUUUUGUAAAAAAAAUUCCGCUAAGCCAAACUCAAUCAAGAGGACACGGCAAGGAAAACACACAAAUAAAAAAACAAACGCGAUCGGGAACCUGCAACAAUAAACGGUCACCGUAACACCAGUUGUGAUUCCGGUCAACCUAACAAAUAUAAAAAAAAAGGGUAUUGCAACGCCCAGACUCCAGAAUUUUAAGAGAAUUCGGGUCGAAAAACAAAUAUAAAAAAGGCUUGCAUCGCCUCAUAGGACGAAUUUUAAAAGAAUUCUCCUCCAACCAGGACAAACUGAGUUGGCCAAUAUAUAAACAUCAAGUAACAUUAUUAGUGAAAGUGUUAUAUAAAAAAAAAAAAAAGUCAUCACCAGAUCCUGAAAACAAAAAACUGAAAAUAGCACGCUACCGGUGGGGCGAGUACGCCUACGGAAGCCCUUAAAUCAGUUCAACUUUAAAUCCCGAACAACUAUAGUUCAUCACCAGUAUCCAGCAGUGUCUCAACCUCGUAGACAUUCAUACUGUCAUCACAAAAUGAUAACAAUCAUCUUUAUCAUGUUACUAUCCAUGGUAACUAGUGAACCCCAGUACAUUAAAAACGAGAAAAUUAAAUCAAACUCAGGAAUAAUCUUAAUCCCCAAGAACGAACCGGCAACUUUAAUAAAAGAUUGGUACAGAAUUUACCACACCAUUAACCUAAAAUCCUAUGUAAAAGCCAUUAAUAAUAUCCAAAACACAAAAAUCAAUAACAGUUUCAUUAAACACACAAUUAACUUAAUAAAAUCAGAAUUAACACUAAUUAAUCCAAAAAUUAAUAUAAAAAUAUCUCAAAUAAUCACAAAUAACAAAACCCUUGAACAACAAAAGAAAGAAGAAUUCGAACAUUGGAAUGAAUGCACCUUCCUGAAAUAUAACGAAACAUUAGAUAAAAUGAACAAAUGCCUAGAAGUCAGAAACUCUUUCUCAGAUUACAAACACUUACACUCAGUCAACAUGACUACCCUGGAACUUUACGUUCAAUAUUGUAAUGAUAAUCCCAAAAACGAUGAAUGCAUACCCCUAUUUAAUAACGCCUCAGAGCAUAGCAACUUCUUCAAUUGCAUGAAAAAAGACACAGUCAAAAAUUGUCACACCCACCAUGUCAUACACAAAAGAGGACUUUUCAAUUUCAUUGGAACAGGAUAUAAUUGGUUAUUCGGACUAGUUGAUAGAGACGAAUACAACCAGAUCCUAGAGCAUAUGCAGAUUAUUGAUUCCAACAAUCACGAAAUUAUAAAAAAAUUAAAUAAUCAAAUUAAAAUAAACUCAAUAUUGCAAGAAAAUAUGAACCAAAUCAAUAAAAAUAUAAAUAAUAUUCAAAAGCAGAUUAGCACAGAAUUUGAAUAA